UCCCUUGAGUUGACUCGAGCUAUAUACAGCAGCUGUGCAGAUCGAUCUAUACAUCUAUCUUCUUCUUCCUUUUUCUCUUGAAUUGAAUCAGAUAGAAAUUCACAAUGUCAAAGGCAAUUCCUGAGGUAAUACUGAGCUGCGGUAACGACAUUCUAGCCAUGCCAGUGAUUGGCAUGGGAACUGCAUACCCUGCGGCGGAUCCAGAAACAGACAAGGCUGCGGUUCUUGAAGCCAUUAAAGCCGGCUACCGCCACUUUGACACCGCCUUAGUUUACGGGUCGGAGAAAUAUCUAGGUCAAGCCAUAUCCGAUGCUGUGCGUCUUGGACUCAUCAAGUCCAGGAGUGAGGUGUUCAUCACCACCAAGCUUUUUGCCAGCUUUGCUGAGAAGGAUCUUGUGGUGCCUGCCCUCAACAUGAGUUUAAGGAAUCUGCAAUUGGAGUAUGUGGAUAUGUACAUAAUUCAUUGGCCCUUCAAAUUUGGGGGAGAGGUGAAGAGUAUGCCUGUUGCAAAAGAGAUGGUGCUACCUCUAGAUUUGAAGUCAGUUUGGGGAGGCAUGGAAGAGUGCAAGAGACUUGGCCUUGCCAGGGGCAUUGGCGUCAGUAAUUUCACUUGCAACAUGCUUCAGGACCUCCUUUCCAUCGCCAAAAUACCUCCCGUCCUCAACCAAUUGGAGAUGAGCCCAGCUUGGCAGACAAAGAAACUGAAUGACUUCUGUAAGGCAAAGGGUAUCCAUAUUACAGCUUACUCUCCCCUGGGCGGAGCUAACAGUCGAGUAGGAGAUGACAGGGUUUUAUGCUCAAACAUCCUCGAAGACGUUGCCAAAGCCAAAGGCAAAACAACUGCUCAGGUAUCGUUGAGGUGGGUUUAUGAGCAAGGGGUGAGCAUGGUAACAAAAAGCAACAACAAGGAAAGGAUGAAGCAGAACGCUGACAUAUUCGAUUGGUCGUUGAGCGACGAGGAAUUGGAAAAGAUUAGUAAUUUUCCUCAGCGGAAAGCCGUCACCUUUGCCUCAAUUAUUGGGCCGCAUGAUCUAAUUGUCGAGAUUGACGCCCAACUAUAACCCCGUUCUUCGGAGGGGAGGAAAUCGAAUUAAAGUUAAAUAAAGAGUAGAGUACUCUAAAUAAAUAAAAGGAAGCACCAACACCAAAUGCGUUGACAUGUUCUCUCUUGUUACUUGUUCGGGCGGCGUAUAUGAUGUGCUGCUAGUUAAUGUCUCAUUUAACACGUCUGGGCGCCGGUGAAGAAAAUUUAUAUAGAAUAGGAAUAUUAUUUUUUUAUUCAGGUCUUGCAUUGGAUUGGAGUUAAUUUUUUUAUUUUCUUGUUGUUUUCAAGUACAAAUAUUAUAUGAAUAUAUUCCGUGUGAAAGUUGGAAUUAUCGGUUAUAUAUAUAUUUUAUUUGUUC